AUGGGUUGUGGGAUAUCAAGGAUGGAUGAUUCAGAAUUGGUGAGUUUGUGUAGAGAAAGGAAGAAGUUGAUUAAGGCUGCCGUGGAUUGCCGGUAUGCCUUGGCUUCGGCUCACAUUUCUUACUUUCAAUCCCUUUUAGAUGUAGGCAAUGCGCUAAAUCAUUUUGUGGAGGAAGAACUGUUAAUUAGUGUUGACAGUGUUGACACCCUUUCGACUGCUGACUCUGAUCAUCAGUCCUUGGGGGAGGGUUCUCACUUGGAACUGUUGUCCUCCAAUUCUGACGACACUGAUGUCAUUUCUUUGACUGAUGAUGUACAUGAAGGCUCGAGAGUGUAUGGAAACUCUGCACCACAAAAUGAAAGCAGCAGAGGAGUGAAUUCAAAUGUAUACUCCAUGAAGAGAUCUUCUGAGGAGGUGCCUACUAGGUUUUUUGAGCAGCCACAAGCUGUGCCUACGACACUUCAGUGGCAGGAUUCAUCAAAACUUUUAGGUCAGUAUUCUGAAUAUGGAAACAGGGCAUUUUUUUGUGACCCUAUGAAUAUUCCCGCUAAUAACCUUAGGUUUUCUCAGUAUGAGAACAGGGCAGCCCUUGAUGGUCCCAUUAGUUUGCCACCUAAUAAUGUUAGGUUCUCUCGGUAUGAAAAUGGAGCAUCAUAUGAUGGUGUGAUGAAUUUGCCACCUGACAUCACUCAGUAUAGAAAUGAGGUGUCUAUUGGUGGUCCAAUGAAUUUGCCACCUGAUAAUCUUGGGUUUUAUCGUUAUGGAUAUGGGGCAGACUUGCCAAAUAUUAAUCAUAGGUUCCCGCUGAAUAAAAAUGGGCUAUCUGGUGUUUCAAUGUAUUCAUCGUAUGAUGGUCCUUAUUACAAUCAGACAUACAUUCCUCCUACAGCUCCUUGGGUUCCUCCACCUCCUGAGGCUUCUAAUUGGGACUACCUGAACCCAUUUAGUGUGGUUGAUGAUACUUAUACCAGAUAUUAUUCUCAGGGUGGGCAUGGAAUUGGUUUCGGCAGCACUGAUCCUGAUUUAGGAGAAGUGAGGAUGAGGGAGGGAAUUCCUGAUUUGGAAGAUGACACCAAGCAGAACCUGAUGGAAGAAAAACCUAAUGACAUAAUUUCCAGAAUAAAUGAGCCCAAUGACAUAGGAUUAAACACCAAAACACGGGGGGUUUCAGGUGAAGGCUCUUCUGAGGUAGCAUCACCAAAGAAUGAUGGUCAGGUCCCAUUAGCUCAGGGAAAAGAAACUAGGACGAACCAAGACAAUCCUGUAGCUGACAUAAAUGUGAUAAAGACGACAUCUGAUACCAUCGAAGAAGAUACUAGGAGAGAAUCUGAUACUGUCGUGCCAAAAGGUUUGGAAGAGGAGGAAAAGAAGAAUAGUGGGACUUUCCAGGUACAAAAAUCUAUCGAGGAAGGUGAAUUUUUAGAACAGGUCAACUCAACAACAUUAUCUUCUCAUGGCUUAAGGGAACUUAAGGAAGUACUGAAGGAAAUCAAGGAUGCUUUUGAGGCUGCUUUUAAUUAUGGGAAAGAAGUCUCGGUAAUACUUGAAGCAGGAAAGCUGCCCUAUCAGCCUAGGGGUACUAUAUUUAAGGGUAGGAAUUCUGUUAACAUUAUCUUCAUCUUCCAGCAUAAGCCGUUCUCUUCUUGGAUCCCGAGGUUAGUGGCCCCUAAUAUGGUGACAUCUUCACACCCUAAGCAUACAAUAUUGAAGCGAUCAGCCUAUAGAACAGUGAAGGUUGCAAAGGUUUACAAUGCGAAUCUUGAGAAGGACAUCUGCAUAAAGUCUAGCAACCUUUCAUCAACUUUGGAGAAGAUGUAUGCGUGGGAAAAGAAACUCUAUGAGGAAGUCAAGUACAAUCCAGCUGAGCAUUUAUUAGUUGGAACUUGGAACUGCACAUGUAGUUUUACACUUUUACUUAAAGACUGGGCAUUCGUAAAUGCUUUAUACGAAUGCAAAUUUGCUAUGAGAGCGAAGUGCCUGUACAACUUUUAUAUAGAUUUUAGAAUAUUUUUCAGUUUGUCAGGAAUUGUUGCCGAGUUUCAGUUCAUGGGAACAAAAGGGUACACUCAAACUUAUGGUAUUGACUACGAUGAGACAUUUUCUCUAGUUGCUAAGAUUUCUUCUAUUCGGGCACUUAUGUCCAUUGUUGCCAAUUGUAACUGGCCGUUGUUUCAACUGGAUGUUAAGAAUGCCUUCUUGCAUGGUGACUUAGUUGAAGAAGUUUAUAUGGAGAAACCACCUGGGUUUGUUGCUCAAGGGGAGUAUCGUCACACUGUUUGUUGCCUUAAAAAGGUCUUGUAUGGAUUGAAACAAUCUCCAUGA